GUUAUUUGUUAUCGUCUUACUUUCCUCUCAAUCACCUCUUCCCCGUUGUCUACAAUUGCCGUAGCGCGUCUUGAGGGCAAGGCCACGUCGAAAGCAGCAUCGGCUUAGGUCGUGGUCAAUCAACACAACUCUCCCCACCACUUCUGGUCUCAUUCACCGCAUCCACGCUCCUCGUAAUGGCACCGCGCCGUAACAAGCGCGCGCCGCCGCUCAUGCCGCCGCUCCACUUCCCCUCCUUCGCGCCGCCCUCUCCACCUCCCCGUCCCCCUCGCCUGUCCACCCCUCUCACCAUCCUCCCAAACUCAUCCGGCGACCUCUCAGCGCCUGCCAGUGCCUGCUCCGUAGGGCCAAGCACCCCGACCCGAGCCUGCGCACGGGGAGAGAUGCUCACGUCACCCCGGUUCGACUGGGACGUGCCCCGUCCCCCGCCAAGCGACGUCGAGCCCGACUACCCCAGCCUCAAGUUCCCCAGCCCACUGCCCAGUCCACGAUCAGUGCCCCGCGCCGACUUUCGCAAGACGCCUGCGCCCGUCGUCGCUCGCGGCGGGACAGCCUUCACGCCACGUCCCACGCGCGUGCGCGAGGCUUCACCGGCCUCGCCCAGCCGUCUGGGACGCAAGAUCAGCCUGAACAAUCUCGGCCCGGCGUAUGCCGCCGUCGAGGCCGAGACACUACAUCUUGAAGUGGACGAGGCAGUGGAGGAGCUGGAUGAUUCCCAAGGCGACUCGACGUUUGCCUCGACGGACAGCUACCCUGGCCUCGCGUCGUCAAGCAGCUUUCCAGGUUUUGCGAAGCUCGGCCCACCGGUUGAGUUGAAGGCCACUCCACGGCCGCAGGUUGAGCCUGAGCCUGAACCUGAGGGACAUGCUGGGGACCAAGGGGAAGCGGACGAGGAGGCGACAUUGGACUAUGCUCUUGACCUUGACGAGGUCGACUUGGAAUUAGACAUCCGUCACCUCUCGCUCACUUCUACCUCUCCUGCGAACACAUCCUCAUCCGAGGGGGGAUCUGCGCCCACGACACCUGGUGGCGGUCGUGAUCUUGCUGCGCCAAGCGUACCCAUGGGGGCGCUCUCGCCCGCCCUCUCUGCGAUCUCCACGUCGACAUUGAGCAAGAGCGGUACGACAGACAGCCUAUGCUCGGCGACCGAGGGCUUCGACAUUCUCCCGCCCGGUUCGCCGAACGGGACCUUUGACAACCUCUCGCCCAGCUCGCCCCCGCCGAUGCGCGCACCAAGUGUGCCGGCGACGCCGCAGCACGAAGCUACGGGAUACGCGAGCGACGAGAGCGACGUGAUCGUCCCCCAUCGCCGUCUGGUGGCGAGGCGCAUCAUCGUCAGCGACGACGAGGACGCGCCGCCCCGCCCCCGCGGGCUGCGUGGGCGGAUUCCUGCUGCCAUUGCGCGGCUGAACUCGAUGAACAGCGACCAGGAGGAUGAAGACGAAAGCCCGGAGUUUCUCAUGGACUCGAGCAUGGACAGCGCAGGCAGCCUGCGCGAGUUUGUCUUGUCCGACUCUGAAGUCGAGGAGGACGUGGCGGACGGCGGAGAAGAUGACGAAGAACAGGCCAGCUUGAGUGAGAGCGACGGCUCGGACUCGGACGCGGGCUUGGACUCGGACGAGCUCAUAGUGGGCGAGACACUACCGAUACCCGUCAUCAACCUCGUUAGCGACAGCGAGGAGGACGGGCCCCCGCCUGUCUCUCCGGCCGUGUUGACAUUUGAGCCCGCGCCGCCGCCCAUCACGGUACCGGACAUCGGAUCCCUCUCCCUCUCCGAGCCAGCCCCGGCGCUCGCGCCCCGGUCCAAGCCGCGCAAGCAGAUGAGCACGCGCGAAUGGGAGGCGCACCGGGAGAAGUACGCACAGUCGCUCUUCGACGAGCUGGACGCGAGCGUCUUCGGCGCGCGCCUCGGCCGCGCCGGCGCAAGCUGCACGAUCAAGUGGGACGCGCGGAUCAACAAGAGCGCGGGGAUGGCGCACCGGCGCGCGACGCGGCACAAGGACGGCUCGCGCACGCACGAGGUGUGGAUCGCGCUCGCGUCCAAGGUGCUCUCGGAAGAACGGCAGGUGCGGGACACGCUCGCGCACGAGAUGUGCCAUGUCGCGGCGUGGGUCGUCGAUGCCGAGUUCCGGAAUCCGCACGGGCGCGUGUUCAAGGCGUGGGGGCGCAAGGUUAUGCGCGCGCGCCCCGACAUCAGCGUGACCACCAAGCACGACUACACUAUCCACUACAAGUACGAGUGGCAGUGCACGGACGUCGCGUGCCGCAAGGUGUAUCGGCGGCACAGCAAGAGCAUCGACCCGGCGAAGCAGGUGUGCGGCGCGUGCCGCGCCAGACUCGCACCGCUGUUCGCGACGAAAGAGCUCAGCCCGUACCAGCUUUACGUCAAGGCGUACAUGAAGACGGCGCAGGCGGCCAUGCCGGGAGCAACAUUUGGGCAGAUCAGCCGCGCGCUCUCGGACCGCUGGACUGCGGCCAAGGGCGCGAGCGACGCCGAGCAUGCUGCGUACUGGCGAGAAUUUAGAAGACUGGCGGCAUAAGCCGCCACGAGGACACUUAAUAGGUGCUAAUAAUGUAUCACAGUCU